AUGGCUUCUUAUUCAGUGGCUCUGACAUUCUUAAGCAUCAUCACACCUGUUAUUUCUGAUCAAAUACCCCUUCCUCAAAGUGUUGACUGGCGCAACCAAGGCGCAGUGACUCCUGUUCGUAACCAAGGGUCACCCUGUGGGAGCUGCUGGGCGUUCUCGGCCGUGGCGGCCGUGGAGGGGAUCGUUCAAAUCCGGACCGGCAUUUUGGUCCCGCUGUCCGUGGAGCAGCUCGUCGACUGUGAUGACGAGGGGGACAGCUGUAGUGGGGGCAACGUGUGGACCGCGUUCGACUAUAUCAUCGGUGCCGGAGGCCUAGCCACCGACUCCAGCUACCCGUACGAUGGCUCCGGGAAAACGUGCCAGCCUUACGAGCCUGCCGUGACAAUCUCAGGCUACGAGAAGGUCCCUCCCAACAACGAGACGGCCCUGAUGGCGGCCGUUGCACGUCAGCCGGUGUCGGCCAGCAUCGACGCCAACUGCACCGAGUUUGUGGAUUACACGAGCGGCGUGCUCGCGGUAGAUUGCGGGAACGUCCUGGACCACGACAUCACGAUCGUGGGUUACGGCACGGAUGCUGAUGGGACUAAUUAUUGGCUCGUGAAGAACUCGUGGGGCCAGGAUUGGGGCGAGCAGGGGUACGUGAGGAUGCUCAGAGACGUUGGUGCAGAGGAGGGGCUAUCGGGUAUUGCAAGGGAAGCGUAUUACCCCACGUUCAACAACUGA